AUGGCGACCUACGGAGGUGACAUCCCUUCAACAAACGAUCCCAGCUCGGCCUCUGGAGCAUCUAAUGGCGAUCAAUCAAGUGCGAACGCCAACUUUGAAUGCAAUAUUUGUUUAGAUACUGCCAAAGAUGCGGUUAUCAGUUUUUGUGGGCACUUAUUUUGGUGAGAACUUUAAGUCUUCGUUUAGCUUGUACAGCUUUCCGAUGAAACAUGAAUUUAUGGAACUCUCACUCAAGCGAUUCUAUAGUAAAAUACUUUAUUUCUUUCCUUUUCAGCUGGCCAUGUCUUCAUAAGGUUAGUUAGCUUACCUUAUGCUUUAUGUAACUCUUUUUUGAGCUGAAAACUUCACAGAGCAUUUAUGUAACUCAUAUUAGACUUAAUUUUUUAAUACAGAUCUCUAAUUUCAUUUCCAUGUAUUAACGCACGCAACCUAUAGUUCUGCAUAGUCGAUCUUCAAAAUUGUGGCAGCUAGGUCAGGUUUUAAGCUCUUUUCUUAUUUUAUAAACUGAGAUACAUGGGAUUAACAUAAAUUCCCUUGGGUGACAAAUUAUAAUAGUUUUUCACUCUCUAAUUUUCUUGUAUACACUUCGUCAAGUUCGUACAUGUUAAUCAAUGUGGUUGCUAGGAUGGAGGGUUCUUAGGCUAAUUAAAUAUGAUGCUCAAUGUUGAAGUCACGGAUGAGGCCAAAAUGAGAAACCAAAAAAAUCCUGUGUAACUAAAAGGAGACCCCCAAGUGUAUGUUGCGGUUAAUUUUUUAUUUCAGUUAAUUUUUGUUUUUCCUUUGUUUCAAAUUCAUUAGCAGACAUUAAGAUACCCAAAGACAAUGGAAAAAUAAAAACUAACUGAGAUAAAAAAAAUUAACUACACCAUAUACACUGUAAUUACCCCCAUAAGGGUCUACUUCCUCUUUUGUACUGCAGGUCUACCCUGUGAGCAGAGGCUAUAUUUUCACUGUGUGAGCUGACGUGCAAAAAGUAGCCUCUGCGGACAACGGUUCAAUUUUCUGUCAUGCAUGCAUGAAACUUCAUCUCGUGAGAAAAUUAAUCUUCAGGUCUGUCAUCAAAUGGCGCGAGUUUCAUGGGGAUAAAAAAAUUGCGACAACUCUGACCUGCCACACAAGACUCACGCAAGGCUCUAAAGCGGUCAAGAGCAGGAAAUAACCUGUUUUUUAAUUUAUUUGUCCAGAUUUCUGGAAGGAUUUGAACAGUUGUCGGCACAGGCUGCUUUUUGCAUGACAGCUCACACAGCUAAGGGAGCAUUCAUAAUUUAUCUAGAGGGUGGGCUAUGAUGAUUUCCUUAUUUUUUCCUUUCAUUUUUUUGAAGCCCCCCCUGAUCAUCUCAGGGGGUUUUUUCUGACCCCCCUCAAGAGAUGUUGAUUUAUCAAAGGAAAAUAUCAUAGCCCCCCCUCCUUCCCCCAGCACAUAAGUACAACAGGUCAAACUCACCCUUUAAUAGCCAUAUCAAAGUAUUAUGACAGGUAUAUUGAGCUUUAUUAGUACCGUAUUUAUUCGAUUAACCGCCCUGGGCGCUUAUUAAAUUUUUGGACCUUGAGAGUGGGCGCUUAUUCGAGGUGGGCGCUUAUUCGAGGCUGGGCGCGUAUUAAAUUUUCACCAUUCUCAGCAAGUGUAGUAGUAUAUUUUGCAACAAAACAGUAGAUGCUAAUAACAAAAAGCGAAGAUGUAACAAAGCAAGGUUUCUGUACAAUACUACCCUGAAGAAAACUCCGUCUUCGGGAGGGUCUCUUAUUAUAUCUUAUUGGAGUUUUUGUGGGAGGGGGUGGGGUGGGGUGGGCGCCUAUUCGAGGCUGGGCGCUUAUUAAAUUUUUCUGCCUUUAGGAUGGGCGCUUAUUCGAGGUGGGCGCUAAUUCGAGGUUGGGCGCUUAUUCGAAUAAAUACGGUAAUUAACAUAGUAAAUCAGUAACAACUUGCACUAAUGAAAUGGUNGCGAAAUUUUGCUUUUUUUCCGCGAAAUAUCAGAAGCCCUGUCAAAUUUCUCCUUGUAAUAUCAAUGCCUUGUAAAACAGAGUGGUCAUGAGAAUUAUGGACAUGAUCACACAAGAUGAAUUUGUUUGAUAUUUUAUCAACUUCUCCCAUUACUUCUAUAGGAAAUGAAUAGAGGAAACAAAUGAGAAUUCAAAUUUUGAUCAAAGGGUUAAGGGCCGUAACCUUUAACACCUCUGAGCUCACUUGAUGUUACAGGUGAUCAUAGUGGCAAGCUAAAGGUGGCACUAUAAAGUUUUGUGAGAUGUUACUGGUGAAUUUUCAUUUGCUACAACAUCUUGGAAACUUAAUGACAGGCCUGCAUGUACAUCUACUUUUUGUUACUCAGCAUGGAGAAAAAAUGAGAUCAACACAUUCUCAAAAUGAAGCAUGAGUCAGGCAAUUACUUGUGUAUCCACUAAAAUUUGAUUUUUUGUCACCAUUUUAGUGGUUAGAAACUCGACCCAACAAAUCCGUGUGUCCAGUUUGCAAGGCGGGUAUCAGUAAAGAUAAAGUAAUUCCACUUUACGGAAGAGGCAGUACCAAUCAAGAGGAUCCAAGGUAAUGAUACUGCCUGUACUAUAGACACAUCAGGGUCACUGACUUUCCAGGGAGUUGGACAUUGGGAUUUACGGUACUGCAGUUUUGACCCUUUUUUCAAGCAGUAUUUCAGUAAUUUAAAUGUUUAUGUGCUGUAUUACACUAUCGUCUAGCCCUGGGGUAUGCGGUUUUUCAUCCUUCUGGCUGAUGGGGUUCAGUAAAAGGACUAAAGAUCCUUUGGGGUAUUGCGGUACCAUUCAUCUAUGCUCUCCUAUCUAAUACAGGUCAAAACAAUAUGCAACACAAAACAAAGGUAGCUGUACAGGUCAAUAAAAGUUGAUGUACUUUUAAGUUUUUAGACGUAAAUGGUGAAUGAUCACACAAUUUUGACAGUUAAUCUACAAUGGGAUUGUUGUUGCAUCCAAUGACCCGGCUUCUUUAUCUGUGUACUGAUAAAUUCAAGGUAUUUUCACGUUUUGUCGCAGUGGCUGAGGUUGAUUUCUGGUGCAGUACAUACUUGAGAUAAAUAAACAUGCUAAAUGAAUACAACUUUACAUAAGCGUGACCGACCAUAGAUGCGGUAUCAGUAUUUUCUUGAUUUUCCACACCAUAUUUCAGUAUUUUCCAAGUUUUCUUACAGUAUAGCAGUACUGGGUACCCCGAGUACUGGUCCAUGAAUUCUGUCGCUUAAAAGUAUUGAUUACUUUGGAACAAGUGAAUACUUCGGUGGUAAAAAAACAAAGAAUCUUCAAAACUUCAGCAAAAUGGUGAGGCUAACUGGUCGGUGUUUUAAACUUUCUUUUUUCCAAAUGUGAUGAGGAUGCGGGUUUCUUUUUUUUGGCGAUGGUUGAAAUGACGCGCCAUGCUCAUGGCAUUUUUGCUUUUUGGGAAUGAUGUAACUUCUCUCAAAUCGAAGCCCUUGAUUUUCAUUUAUUUAUACACGCAUAUUCAAUCAAUUCAGAAACAAAUCGUAGAAUACAAUAUAAAAAGUAAAUAUCCUGAAGAAUACUUCUCAAACUCAUUAAUAAUUCAUUAAGAAAAUACAAAGGAAAUUAAUGUUUAAUGAGUGUUUGGAAAUCGGAUGAAACACUGCUUAGUAUGUGCAUCCUUAAUUUCUCCUUCAAAAAUGAUUUUGUUUGAGAAGAAAUAUCAAACAUUCGACACAGUGUUUCAUCACCAGAUGAAACACCUCGAAGUUCGUCAAAAAUACUCCGCUGCAGAUGUAAUUUUCGUUGGAAAUUUUCCACAGCCCCCCCUAAAUCAUAGUAGGGAAAAAGAGUGACCCCCCCUUCAAAAUCAUCAUAGCCCACCCUCUAGGUAAAUUAUGAAUGCUCCCUAAAAUGUAGCCUCUGGUUACAGGGUAUUGGGUAUAACAGUGAAUGAUGAGGAUAAAACUGAACCAUAGUGCAUAGACACUCACACAAGUGUUUCACAUACAAUUUGCAGACUCUUCAGUGUCAGUUAAAAAAUCCUCUUUACAUACUCUCAAUAUGGAUGGAUUGAGGCACUUAUAUUACAUAAAAUUGGGUCAGGGUUGAUUACCAUUAAUUAUCUGAAAUGAAAAUCAACUUGUUCCUACCUUUUUUUGGUCAAGUUCAGAAAGUAUAGGCUGUUGUUUGAGGUGAUGAAAUUUUGGAUGAAUUUAGGUUUCUGGGAAACUGCCCACCCACUCCUUCCUUAAGCUAACCUCAACACUUAUGUCUUAUCUAAAAUGUUAGCUUAGGGGAGGGGUAGGUCGGCAGUUUCCCAGAAACCUAAAUUGAUCCGAAAUUUUCCUCUCAUUUUCUAUCAUUCAUUGUAGUAAGUGCAUGUGCAACAAGGUCAAAAUUAAUGUAAUCGUUGAAUGGUUAAGCAUAUUUUCAACCAGACAGUUUGUGUUGAUAAAAAUAGGAGAGCUUAUUAGCUUCCAUCAUAGUACUAAACAGAGCUGUCAUUAACCCUUUAAGCCCUAAGAGUGAUCAGCAUCAAAUCAGGGCUUCUGAUAUUUCGCGCAGUCGCGGACCAGUGAAAUUCAGGUUUUUCCGCGAAAUCCCGCGAAAUUCUCAAAAAAACGCGAAAUCCGCCAGAAAUAUUUCCAAAUACAUGUCGGCAAAACAUAUUUAAUACUUAUCUUGGCUAUUAGACCUGUUUUAUUCUCCCCAAACGUCCAAAUUUAUCUUGAAACUUUCGUCACUGUAAUGAGUAAACAACGUCCCAAAACUACCUGGCGUUUUUUAGAUGAACGUUGCGAAAAACUGGGCACUUACCAUAAUGUUAAUAGCUUUAGCAUUCGCUCAUUUCUCGAGUGAACUGUUGUUGAAAGAGCAAAUGAUUAUCCCUGUUAAAAAAACGUUAAACAACGCUGGUCAUAUCGACGCAAAAUUGAUCGAUUUUAGCGAAAUUUGCCAAAAAAAAUCCAGCAAAAUCGGCUGUUUUUUACUGAUUGUUUCUUGACUAAAUUCCCCCCCCACAAACUUCCCAUGAAAAUCCAUGAAAUCGGCCGAUUUUUCUAAGAAUUUGCCCCGAAAAUCCUUUGAAAUUUGACUUUUUUCUGCUAAAAUCCUGCAAAAUUGGCUGAUUUUUCUGCGAAUUUUGACUUUUCUCCCACAAAAAUCUCGCAAAAUUGUCCGAUUUUUCCACGAAUUUUGACUUUUUAUUCGCGAAAAUCCCACAAAAUCGGCCGAUUUUUCUGCGAAUUUGCCCCUGAAAAUCCAGCGAAAUUUUGCUUUUUUUCCGCGAAAUAUCAGAAGCCCUGUCAAAUUUCUCCUUGUAAUAUCAAUGCCUUGUAAAACAGAGUGGUCAUGAGAAUUAUGGACAUGAUCACACAAGAUGAAUUUGUUUGAUAUUUUAUCAACUUCUCCCAUUACUUCUAUAGGAAAUGAAUAGAGGAAACAAAUGAGAAUUCAAAUUUUGAUCAAAGGGUUAAGGGCCGUAACCUUUAACACCUCUGAGCUCACUUGAUGUUACAGGUGAUCAUAGUGGCAAGCUAAAGGUGGCACUAUAAAGUUUUGUGAGAUGUUACUGGUGAAUCUUCAUUUGUUACAACAUCUUGGAAACUUAAUGACAGGCCUGCAUGUACAUCUACUUUUUGUUACUCAGCAUGGAGAAAAAAUGAGAUCAACACAUUCUCAAAAUGAAGCAUGAGUCAGGCAAUUACUUGUGUAUCCACUAAAAUUUGAUUUUUUGUCACCAUUUUAGUGGUUAGAAACUCGACCCAACAAAUCCGUGUGUCCAGUUUGCAAGGCGGGUAUCAGUAAAGAUAAAGUAAUUCCACUUUACGGAAGAGGCAGUACCAAUCAAGAGGAUCCAAGGUAAUGAUACUGCCUGUACUAUACUAUAGACACAUCAGGGUCACUGACUUUCCAGGGAGUUGGACAUUGGGAUUUACGGUACUGCAGUUUUGACCCUUUUUUCAAGCAGUAUUUCAGUAAUUUAAAUGUUUAUGUGCUGUAUUACACUAUCGUCUAGCCCUGGGGUAUGCGGUUUUUCAUCCUUCUGGCUGAUGGGGUUCAGUAAAAGGACUAAAGAUCCUUUGGGGUAUUGCGGUACCAUUCAUCUAUGCUCUCCUAUCUAAUACAGGUCAAAACAAUAUGCAACACAAAACAAAGGUAGCUGUACAGGUCAAUAAAAGUUGAUGUACUUUUAAGUUUUUAGACGUAAAUGGUGAAUGAUCACACAAUUUUGACAGUUAAUCUACAAUGGGAUUGUUGUUGCAUCCAAUGACCCGGCUUCUUUAUCUGUGUACUGAUAAAUUCAAGGUAUUUUCACAUUUUGUCGCAGUGGCUGAGGUUGAUUUCUGGUGCAGUACAUACUUGAGAUAAAUAAACAUGCUAAAUGAAUACAACUUUACAUAAGCGUGACCGACCAUAGAUGCGGUAUCAGUAUUUUCUUGAUUUUCCACACCAUAUUUCAGUAUUUUCCAAGUUUUCUUACAGUAUAGCAGUACUGGGUACCCCGAGUACUGGUCCAUGAAUUCUAUCGCUUAAAAGUAUUGAUUACUUUGGAACAAGUGAAUACUUCGGUGGUAAAAAAACAAAGAAUCUUCAAAACUUCAGCAAAAUGGUGAGGCUAACUGGUCGGUGUUUUAAACUUUCUUUUUUCCAAAUGUGAUGAGGAUGCGGGUUUCUUUUUUUUGGCGAUGGUUGAAAUGACGCGCCAUGCUCAUGGCAUUUUUGCUUUUUGGGAAUGAUGUAACUUCUCUCAAAUCGAAGCCCUUGAUUUUCAUUUAUUUAUACACGCAUAUUCAAUCAAUCCAGAAACAAAUCGUAGAAUACAAUAUAAAAAGUAAAUAUCCUGAAGAAUACUUCUCAAACUCAUUAAUAAUUCAUUAAGAAAAUACAAAGGAAAUUAAUGUUUAAUGAGUGUUUGGAAAUCGGAUGAAACACUGCUUAGUAUUUGCAUCCUUAAUUUCUCCUUCAAAAAUGAUUUUGUUUGAGAAGAAAUAUCAAACAUUCGACACAGUGUUUCAUCACCAGAUGAAACACCUCGAAGUUCGUCAAAAAUACUCCGCUGCACGUCGUAUUUUCAACUCUCUUCUCGGUGUUUCAUCUGGUGAUGAAACACUGCAUCUCAUGUUUGAUAUAUUACUUGACUGUUGUUAAAGAAGGAUGUGAAAAACUUUUAGCGAGGGAAUUCUGUUUCAUGUAGAAUUAAUCGCCUCCUAAUAAUAUUGUUAUCUAAUCUCCAAGGCACAACAAGCUUGACUUAACGCUUUUUUAAGAGCAUUCUUGUUAUAUUUUUUUAUUCUACCUUGUUUCUAUCUUUCUGCAUAAUAUUAUUAUUCUUCCUCAGAUGCCCUGAACGUGAAAGUCAUAUGCGUGACUUGAGUGGGUUUUUUAUUAUUAAAAACCCUUACAGCUUAUAUUUUAGGCAAGAGCCUAGCAUUUUGUAAUGGAUGUAAUACAGUUUGUUUUGAUUCUCUCAUGUUUCAACUUCUUUAUUUCAGAGAAAAAAUGCCCCCAAGACCACAAGGAAGAAGACCUGAACCAGAAAAUAAUGGAGUAAGUUUAAGCACUGUUAAUACUACAAUACAAUAGGAAGGUAAUUUACAGGGGUUUCAUUGAGGUCUUUGUGUAACCCUCACAGAACUUUGUUGUAUUCUCACAAAUCUUUGCACAAUCCUCGCAGAUCUUUGCACUAUCCACUUAAAUCUUUGCACAAUCCUCACAAAUCUUUGCACAAUCCUCACAGAUCUUUGCCUAAUCCUUACAAAUUUGUGCACAAUCCUAACAAAUCUUUGCACAGUGCUAAAGAUCUUUGCACAAUCCUCACAAAUCUCUGAACAAUCCUCACAAAUCUUUGCAUAAUCCUAACAGAUCUUUGCUUAAUCCUCACAGAUGUUUCCACAAUCCCCAUAGUACUUUGUCGUAUCCUUACAAAUCUUGGCACAAUUUUCACAGAUCUUUGCACAAUCCUCACAGAUCUUUGCACAAUCCUCACAGUUCUUUGCGCAAUCCUCACAAAUCUUUGCACAAUCCUCACAAAUCUUUGCACAAUCCUCACAGAUCUUUGCACAAUCCACAGAAAUGUUUGCACAAUUCUCACAAAUCUUUACACAUUUGUCACAAAUCUUGGCAAAAUCAUCACAGAUCUUUGCCAAUCCUCAUAGAAUGUUGUCAUGUCCUCACAAAUCUUUGCACAAUCCUCAAAGUUCUUUGCACAGUCCUCCUCCUCCUCACACUUGUUACUAGUUUUUAUUACUUUCAUGAAAUGUAUUAAAAUGACCCCCAGUGUAAUGCUCCCUUAUCUGAAGAUAACCCCACACAACCCAUCAAGAUUUUGAAAAUACCCCCCCCUCCCCCACUGUUAAUAUACGACCAGCAUUGAUAACUAGAUUCUUACAUGCGGGGUUUUUUACUGUACUACAUGAAGGUUUACCUUCUUCAUUUUUUUGUAAUAAUUUCUCCUCCCAUUUACACUUACUGAUGUGAAUCCUUUUUGUUAGGGAUUUCCUGGAUUUGGUGGAUUUGGUGAUGGAUUUCAGCUUUCCUUUGGCAUCGGUGCCUUCCCAUUUGCUUUCUUCUCAACGGUAGGUUACCAGCUACUACAAGGCACAUACAGUGUGUAUUACUGGUUGUUCAAUUGACUGUAUUCCAUAAUAACAAUGAAAGGAAUAAACUCUUAAAAUCACUCAUUUUGCCAUUCAUUGCUUUACAAUAGCUAGAAAUCUGCUUGACAUAAAAUGUCCCAAUGUAUGUGGCCCAAAAAUCUUGGCACAAGAGAUUUGCAACCAGUCUGUGCAAUUCAAAAAAGAGAGAGAAAAUAAUAAGCUCAUUGUCAUAUUAUCAUACAAAUUCUACCUGGCAUGUCUAAUGCGAUUUUCAUUUUUCCUCUUUACAGACAUUUGGUGGACAAGGACAGCAGACAGCAGGUAAAUGUUUUAUUGUCAAACAUUUUCAGAGUUUUUUUGGGGGGAGAACUCAAUCCUCCGCAGAGUCCUCUUUGUGUCUUAGAGAGGUUAGAGAGAGGAAAAAUGAAAGUGGGUGGGGGGAAGUGGAUGGGAAGGGGGAAAGAUCCUGCCUUUUCCCUCUUGCCAUUGCCUACCAUGUGCUUACUGUUUUUAAAUUAUUGCCAUUUUUUAUUGGGAUACCUAGCAUGUGACUGAUCACUCUGUGGAGGUGAGAGGAGAUGGAAUUAUGAUGUUUGUAGGUUAAUUAGGUUAUUAUGGUUGAAACCUCAAUUAUUCAGACUCAGUGGGAGUAGGGUAAAUGUAGCCUGCCACGCAGGUGUUCUUAGGGUUUCGUCACACAUUCCUGCCUCACGAACAUCACUUUUGUGGGACAGGAACGCGUGACAAACCCCUAAGAACGUUUGCGUGAGAGGCUAGGGUAAAUGACGCCUACAUGUAGCCUCAUCCUCUCCUUUGUCAGGGAGAGGGGUGUAGCUACACGCAGGUUAGAGUAAUGCACCUAUCAAUGUUAUGCCAGCAGGGGUGGUGGGGGAGGCAGGGCAUGGGGUGGGGAUUUGAUUGUCUUUGUUGGCCCUGGGGUAGGGCAUUUGACUGAUCUUGUCCUCCCAGGGGAGGGGAUAUUUGAAUCGUUCUUCGCCUGACAUGGAGAUAUUUGACUGCCAACUCGGACGAAAAAGACUGAGACCGAACAUAUGUUUCCCACUUCCACGCUUCACACAUGCGCUGUACAGUCUGGAAUGGAGGCCAACGAGAACAAGCGAAAGCUGGGUGGAUUUCACUGUUUUGUCUUCAAAUUUCGUUUGCUUAGCUUGUUUUUGAUCAAUUGAACCUCUUAAGAAACUGUGGUAUCAAAGUAAACAGAAGUAAAGAGCAACCAAGUCGAUUUAUUGCAAGUACUAUUGAUCAGUGUAUGUCUCAUUCGCUACAAUCACAAUCAAGCUUAUAAAGAUGACUUUCUUUGUACCCUUUACCCAGAACAGUAUAUUUAAACUUACAAAAUGUGGACUUUCUCCUAAAGGUUUCUGUAUUCUACGCAGUGCAACAUGGAUUAUGGUUAAAAUGUAUAAUUAUUGCAGCUGUAACAGGAACAUGUAUCUUUGGUGAUGCAGCAACGUAACAUAAAUAAAGAUUUCAGAGUUUUAUUUGGAGAUAGUUUUAUUGUGCCUUUCUUGGGUCCAGCCUUGGGAUAUUUGACAGCACAAUGUGCUGCCAAGGGUGGGGAAAUUUGGUUGCAUUUUACUGGAAUGAUUUGCUUGUGGGCAGGGAAUUUGACUGCAAAUUUUUGAAAAAUGUCAAAUCCCCACCCCAUGCCCUGNCCCACUUCCACGCUUCACACAUGCGCUGUACAGUCUGGAAUGGAGGCCAACGAGAACAAGCGAAAGCUGGGUGGAUUUCACUGUUUUGUCUUCAAAUUUCGUUUGCUUAGCUUGUUUUUGAUCAAUUGAACCUCUUAAGAAACUGUGGUAUCAAAGUAAACAGAAGUAAAGAGCAACCAAGUCGAUUUAUUGCAAGUACUAUUGAUCAGUGUAUGUCUCAUUCGCUACAAUCACAAUCAAGCUUAUAAAGAUGACUUUCUUUGUACCCUUUACCCAGAACAGUAUAUUUAAACUUACAAAAUGUGGACUUUCUCCUAAAGGUUUCUGUAUUCUACGCAGUGCAACAUGGAUUAUGGUUAAAAUGUAUAAUUAUUGCAGCUGUAACAGGAACAUGUAUCUUUGGUGAUGCAGCAACGUAACAUAAAUAAAGAUUUCAGAGUUUUAUUUGGAGAUAGUUUUAUUGUGCCUUUCUUGGGUCCAGCCUUGGGAUAUUUGACAGCACAAUGUGCUGCCAAGGGUGGGGAAAUUUGGUUGCAUUUUACUGGAAUGAUUUGCUUGUGGGCAGGGAAUUUGACUGCAAAUUUUUGAAAAAUGUCAAAUCCCCACCCCAUGCCCUGCCUCCCCCCCGCCCCCCCUCCGGCUUUACAUUGAUAGGUGCAUAAAUAUUUCAGAUUACUGAGAGUCUGGAUAAACAAAAAUAUGAAUAUUGAUAACAAAAAAUAAAACUCAAUAAAUUAGGAGAGUGUGUGAUAAAGUUAACUUCGCAACAAGACAACUCCGAACUAAUUACAAUUCGGCUGAAAUUCACUUCUUCACUUUUAACACGUGCAAGCACUACUGUCCCUCUUCAAAUUAAAAGCAAUCUGUGUCAAAGGUAUUUUUCAAUGCCUGACUAAAAAAAUAAUAAGAUCCUUGAGUCUUGAUGAUUACUUAAAUUAAAUAUUUAGUUUAAAUAAACGAUUGGAUCAGAGGGAAAGAGUUUGAUUAUCAAGAUGUCCUGUUAAUCGAAGUCCAGAUCAUCAAGGUUUGACUGUAUUUUCUGUUAAUUUUUUUUUAUUUCUUUUUAUAUUAUAUUUAUAAUCUAAUGUUCACUGCUUUCAUCUCUUUUAGCUCCUGCUGGAUCACCGCAAGCAGAAGAUGAACAGUUUCUCUCUAAGCUAUUUCUUUGGGUAGCAUUCUUAUUUAUGUUUUGGCUUCUAAUUGCUUGA